AUGCGGUACAUCUACGAUAUUUCUUCCAAUAAGACUAGGUCCUCAACCGGACAUGCAGUGAAUGAGGAUGUCGACUCGUUCGAUGCAUUGCAGCCUGUUACGGACCAUGGAGGACAGGUUCAACCGCAGACGCUCGACGCGUUUACGGCGUUUGAAUAUCCAGAACUUCCGAAUAAUUCAGAAGUUCCAAGCACUGUUCCGACAGACAAGCAAGGACAUCUAAAUUGUGACCAGAACCCACACGCUUACGACUCAACCGUCGGAGACGUGCCAAUAGAUCCUGUCCUCAUGUUCGAUAGCGGUCAGCAUAAUCUCAUGCGACAUGAGGAUGCUGUUGGGAGUGGCUUAAAUUUCCAUAACCAGGCGCCGUUGGAUGAGUCUAUGCCUCGAUCUACCUCCCCACAACCCGCCUCCACACGUGUAGCGAGUGCACCCUCCAACGAGUCAACGACCUCUACAUGGUCAUCGCCCCCGAUUGCUCCACCUGCUGGAGAAUACGAGCUGGACCCACGGCGACCAUUCAAUCAGCUAUCACCCGUCCUUCCUGCCGUUUACACUUGCCCACAGGCAGGGUCAGAUAAUGCAUUCACGCAAGUGCACGGACAGAAUAUAUCGGCGACCAUGCCGAUGUUCCAACAGGCACAGGGAGUAUCGACCCUUUCCGUUAUCCCAUUUACGCGCUCUGGUGAAGUUGAAGAUGUUGGACUUCCACAACCCUCGACAAGCACUGCAUUGAUCCCAGAUAAUCUGCCUAUUCCUCCCGCCUCAGGACCGAUUAGACGCACUGGAAAGCAGUGUAGUCCAAAUUCUCAACUCCUUUGUAAAGACCAGAAUUGCGGAAAGCGCUUUCACGACAAGAGGACGCUUAAGAGGCAUAUUGACGAUGUGCACAAUCCCAAUAAAGCUACGUGGUUCUGCCCGGGCUUGGGCGCCCCACGUGAAGGUUGGAUGAAAAAGUGCACCAACCAUUCAGGCUAUGCUCGGAGUGACUCUUUGCAGCGUCAUAUAUAUGCAGCGGAGGAGAGUAAUCCAUGUCGCACCGAGGCUGUGAGGUUGGGCUGGAGCCCUACAAUUCCAAAGAGCAUCGAAAAUUUGAAGGAUUUCCGACCAGCUUGA